AUGGCACCCCCACCGUCCUUGGCUUCACAUAGUAUGGCACAAACACAGUCAUAUUACUUGCCUCCAUCGCAGGUUCAAUAUCUGCCAACACAAACUCAAAUUCAAGAUCUCUCUAGGAUGGCACCUCAGCAGACACAAUCAAACCAGAACUCACAGGUGCCGUCAUUGCCCCAAUAUCAGCAGCAGUGGACACAGCAGCCUCCUCAGCCGGUUCAACAACCCCAGCAGCUGCAUAUGCAACCGCAGAUUAGAUCCUCAUCUCCAGCACUUUAUCCUUCCUAUCCACCAAAUCAGCCAAAUCCUUCUGCAGAAAUGACUCCUAAUAGCAUGCCAAUGCAAGUGUCAUAUUCAGUAACUUCCCAACUUGGCACCGCUGGACCUGAGGCAAUGUCUUAUGGUUAUGGUGGUGUUGGCAGACCAAGUCAGCCUCAACCUCCCAUGCAGCAUCCGAAGACUUCAUACAAUGCACAAUCAGGAGAUGGGUAUGUGCCUAGUGGCCCUCGUCCAGCACUUCCCUCGGGAAAUGCUUAUAUGAUAUUUGAUGGUGAAGGCGGAAGAACACACCAUCCAACCCCACAAUCUCACUUUCAACAAAAUGCUUAUCCUCCAACUAGUGUCCCUCUCCAAAAUCCACAGCAUAUGGCUAGCUCUAAUAUGAUGAUUCGUCCACCUCAAUUAAUGCGUAGCCAUCCCUACAAUGAGUUGAUCGAGAAGUUGGCAGGCAUGGGUUACAGAGCUGAUCAUAUUGUUGGCCUGAUUCAAAGGAUGGAAGAAAGCGGGCAGCCUAUCGAUUUUAAUACUGUGCUUGACAGGCUGAAUGGAAAUUCUUCUGGAGGUUCUCAGAGAGGAUGGUCUGGGUAA